GCCUUUUUGUGCCUGUUCGAUUGGUAUUUUACCAUUUUCCAUAAGCUAGAAUAUAAAAUGUUCCUCUAAAAAGACUCACUAAAAACUUCAAAGUGUAUAUUUUGUAUGGUUUGUUAAUCCUCUUAUAUCUGCGUUGAUUCUUCCCAAUCCAAGAUGAAGGAGUACGGUGAGGUGAUAUUUGUGGAUCAGCUGAAACACUGCCGCGUUGUGGCAAAUCAGAUUGAUAAGACUCGCAUUAACUGGCAAAAAAAUAGCGCCUGGUUUGCAGAUGCGCAAAGGGAGCAAUAUUCCCGAUACGCGUCCAUUUACGCCGAGUGCAGGGAAAUGUACGGAGAUAAAAUAUACGGAUACUACGCCAGGAGAAACCGUCUUCGCUCGGAGUACACUUUCAAGUCCAGGACGACGACAGGUCCUGGAAACCUGUUCACAAACGAAUCCAUGGCCCACUUGAAAGGAUACAAGUACUCCCAGACGACCAAUGGCGAAUAUGGCAGUGUGCGCCCUUCGGAAUUAUUUUUCUGUUUCUAAAUUCGUUUCGAGUUAUGGGUUAGAUGUUUUAUUCAAGGACCUGUGAACGCAAUUUUGAAUAUAUUUAUCUACCUUUGUACAUAAUCCGCCUCAAAUAUUGAAAUAGACUUUAAUAUCUUUAACUACCUUCA